UACACACGUACACACCGGUAAAGAUGAAGAGAAAUCACGAUUUCAGUUCAUCGGAUAGUGAACUGGAUGAGAAUAUAGAAGUGGAGAAGGAGAGCGCCGAUGAAAACCUUGGUAUGAACUCACCACUCGGAUCUGUGUCUCCUUCUACAACUUCUCAAGUACAAGCAAGAAAACGCCGCCGAGGGAUUAUUGAAAAGCGGCGCAGAGAUCGCAUUAAUAACAGCUUGUCUGAACUGCGCAGACUCGUUCCCAGUGCUUUUGAGAAACAGGGCUCUGCUAAACUGGAAAAAGCUGAGAUUUUGCAGAUGACUGUAGAUCAUUUGAAGAUGCUUCAUGCAGCUGGUGGCAAAGGUUAUUUUGAUGCCCAUGCUUUGGCUAUGGAUUACCGUGGUCUGGGUUUUCGUGAAUGCCUGGCCGAGACAGCCCGAUACCUGAGCAUCAUUGAGGGCUUGGACAACACUGAUCCCCUCCGCAUUCGCUUGGUGUCCCACUUGAGCAACUAUGCAACUCAGAGAGAGGCUCACCCUGGUAUGGGUCACCUGGCUUGGGGCUCUACGUUCGGCAACCCACACCUGGCACAUCCCCUUCUUCUACCACAGCAUCAGCAGAGUGUGUCCAUAUCACGCACACCCAGCAGUCCUCUAUCCUCAGCUUCAUCUUCUCCCUCCUCAUCUCCAUCGGCACGCUCCUCAGAGCCGCACGGCUGCAGCAGAUUGACUGGUUCUUCUGUUGGUGAGGCAGGACAGAGCGGUCCGCUUAGAGUGCCCCCUGUCACAAGCUCCAUGCCACCAGGUCUCACAGCAGCAAUGGCAUCAAAGCUCGCUCCACCAUUUCUCACGUCGCUCUCCGGCCUCUCCACGUUUCCAUUUCCUGUUAACACUUUUCCUCUGCUCACAACCAGCUCGCUAAGACCUACCAUCCCCGCCAGCAGUCUGGGAAAGCCCUACAGACCGUGGAGCAUGGAGAUUGGUGCCUUCUGAACUCUUAAUGACUCUUUAUAGACCAGAAAACAGACUUUUAGACCACAGCAUGGAAGUUCGCUGGUCAGGACUCAACCAAGUGGAAAAAGCAGUGAAGAACUCGCAUACCAGAGUACUAGCUGUGUUAUUUUUGUUACAGAUUGUAUUUCUUAUGAGCUAAUAGAAAAUAGAUUUUUCUGAUGGCCUUGUCUUAAAGUCUUAAAUGUUUUUGCCAUUAACUGGAACGUUUUGCUUUUGAUUAAAACAGGGUGUUGUGCUGGUACAGUGCCCUGUCUCUCUACAGAGUGACAGAUUGAUGAUUUGGGAAUGAGGUACUGAUCUAUAUGGCAGGCACUGGGUUAUUCCCCACAUAAUGAAAACUAAUAAUAUCAAUGUAUAAGUAAAAAUGAAAAACAUAUUUUUACCCCAUGUCCCAAUUUAAAUUUACACCAUUAUAUCCUUUAUGCACUGGAAUGUACCUUGAAUUUACUCAUAGUGUUAAUGUAAAAUACUUGCAAGUUGAUGUAAACAUAAUUAAGUAAAUCCAAGGUAUGACGUUUUCAGUGUGUCUCCAUGAGAACUAUAGAGAAAUUAUCAGAGGCUUUUGGCAAGACUAUAGUUUUUUUGAAAUUGGUUAACUAUGCAAUCUGUCCUAUUACACGAUUCAUAAUGUAUGAUUCAGAUGUUGUCGUUUUUUCUGUAGUUAUAUAAACUAUGCAACAGAGCCUUUAUCUCAAAUUAGGUUUCUUUCUGUCUUUUGUCUGCUGCAUUAGUUUCACUGCUUCUAUUUAUAUGAAAUCUCUUGAACUGUGGUAGCCAGUUAAUUCUUUGUGUUACAGCUUUUAACACUUUCACCAGGGACAAUCUUCU